CCUGUUAAGCUCAGCUAAACACUCUUCACAAUACAAAUCCCUGUGCAAGUCAGCAUGUUUGCACUCAUGGAGCUUUGCAAGCUGGAGACUGUAGUCCUGUCCGUUCAAGAGCCACAAGCCCUGGUGAUUACACAAAGUAGACAAGAACCACAUAGCCCAGCAUGACUUUCUUCACCUGCUUUUAUAUCCAGUGUUGUCGAGCGAACUGAAACGGUGACCCAGUGGAUGUUGCCUCAGCUUGUUUUGGAUCAAGAAUCAUCUGUCUGGGAUUUCUGAUUUUAUCAGGACUGCUACUGGAUAUGCAACAGUGUGUGCGGGUCUGUGUGCCCACUGCGGCUGUGCUGGGCCUGUUUUGCCGAGGUUGUCUCAGCAGAGCGCGGAGUUUGCCCAGUCGCAGCUUCAGCUGUUUGCCCAGGCAGAUGAGCAGAUGGAACAGCCAGGAGGGCUGCGGCCCCCCACCUCCUCAGGAAAACCCCCGCGUCCUCAUUACGGGUGGUCUUGGGCAGCUAGGUGUGGGACUCGCACAGAUACUGAGGAAACAGUAUGGAACAGAGAAUGUAAUCCUGUCAGACAUCAAGAAGCCUCCGCCUCAUGUUUACAGCAGCGGCCCAUUUGUUUACGCUGAUGUGUUGGACUACAAACUUCUCCGAGAACUGAUUGUAAAUAAUCGUAUCACUUGGCUGGUCCACUACAGCGCUCUGCUCAGUGCCGUGGGCGAGGCUAACGUGGCUUUGGCACGGAAGAUCAACAUCACAGGCCUUCAUAAUGUGCUGGACUUGGCCCUGGAGAACUGCCUGCGCCUCUUUGUCCCCAGCACCAUUGGAGCGUUUGGUCCCUCUUCUCCACGUGACCCAGCCCCUGACCUCUGUGUCCAGAGACCUCGAACCAUUUAUGGCGUGUCAAAAGUGCACGGAGAGCUGAUGGGGGAGUAUCUCCAUCAUAAAUAUGGUCUGGACUUCCGCUGCCUACGUUACCCAGGUGUGAUAUCAGUCAACACGACUCCUGGAGGAGGAACAACAGACUACGCCGUUCAGAUCUUCCACGACGCGCUCAGCACAGGUCACCACGAGUGCUACCUGCGUCCCAACACUCGCCUUCCCAUGAUGCAUAUCUCCGACUGCCAUCGUGCCACGGUAGAGUUCAUGCAGGCCCCAGAGUGCCAGCUGUCCCUGCGUACCUACAACAUCGCUGCCAUGAGCUUCACCCCAGAGGAGGUGGCCCAAGAAAUCCGCAAGCACCUCCCUCACCUGAAGGUCACCUACAAUCCCGACUCUGUCCGCCAGACCAUCGCAGACAGCUGGCCCGUGAGGUUUGACGACUCCAAUGCCAGGAGGGACUGGGGCUGGGCACCUGCUUUUGGGCUUGAGGAGCUGGUGGCAGACAUGCUGCGCUCCAUUCGAGACAAGAGGACAAAUGAGGGUUUGCCAGUCAGCUAGCGAAACCUGCUCCACAAAGACUGGCCAAUGCCCUAGCCCUGACUUUUCUUCAGCCAGCAUUCACCACCAAUACACUUUCUUUCACUUCACUUUCGCAAGUUGUCAACCACUAUCCUCCGCUGCUCUGGAACAUUACAACAAUGAGCCAGGGACUGUUUGUAAAGUUGGAAUCCUCAGUCAGAACCUCUCAAUAUUUGGUAAACAGUGAGACGUCAUGUGCAUGCUCUCAAACAUGCACAUUUCGGUCUUUUUCAGGGAAUCAUAUACUGUCAAAUCUUCUCUUCAUCUUUGUUGUUUUUAAUUGUUAUCAUGGUAUAAGCAUCACUUUACACUUGUUGCCUCAGAUGGGAUAGAAAAGUACCUAUUUCUUAAACUUUAGAGAUUUCCAAAUGUCAUGUUAAUCGCAUCCAUGGACACAACAGUCUGUUACAAUGUCUAUUAAAAUGUUGAAUACAAUAUGGACCAGUUGCACAUUUAAAGUAACAAAUCUGUUGUACACUUUGAUUUCAGGAUCAUCAGGAGUUGCAGGCUCAGAUAACUCUGGACUGUAAUGACUCAUCAUGUAUUCUGGCUGUCUUAAAGGGCAGUCUUUUAUAAUAUAGUCUAUCAAGUGAAAAUCACACAAUUUAUACAACCCCACUCCCCCUGCUGUGGCAUCUAACAGGGAGCCUUUCUUUAACUUUUUUGCCAGCUGUGUGAUUUUGGUUACGAAGGAGUACCAGUAAUCAAUGAAGCCUUAUUUACUGUAGAUUACUUUUGACAACAAUGUAUAAAAAUGCAGUGUACUUUGAAUCGGACCUUGAUAAUAAAAGCAAACCUCAAAAAAACAUUGUAAAUUCUUGCACUUCAUGUAUUCCACAUCUGGAAUGUGGAGUAAUUUUUAAUAAUGAGUGAGCCAUGAUGAUGUUUAUGAUUGAGCUGACAAAAAUAGCAUUAAUUAUGGUGGUAACUCGGCAUAAUUCUAAGGUAAUUGUACUUGAUUAUUUCUACUGUACCCUAGUACAGUUCCUACUAUACAAGUCAGCUCUCUUCAUGGAACAUUUCAUGAACAUUACAUAGGGGAUUGUUCCCUGGACCCCCUCAGUAGAAGUUCCUUGAAACUUCUUUCAGGGGAUUUUUCAUAACAUUCAGAGAACCCUCAGAAAAUGUUCCCUUAGAGCACACAAAGGUUACAUAAAAGUAACCUUCAGAGAACCUUCAGAGAACCUUCAGGGAACGAUCACUGUAAGUUCUGUAAAUUCCCUAAAGGUUUUCUAAAGGUUACACAAACAUACUCUUCAGAGAAACUUUAGGUAACAUUCCGAAGCUUCUCUGACUGUUACAAAAUACCAUCAGAGAACAUUUAUGAAACAUUGUUGUUGUUCAUGUUAAAAAAAAAAAAAAAAAAACAACUUUUAAGAACAGUCUUAGAACAUUCAAAGAAUGUUUUUCAAGAGAUGCUUGAAACAUGUUGCUAGAGCUGGAACAUUAUUUAAAAGUUAGAGGAGCCUAAAUGAGCCAUGAGCCUGUGGUUCAGUGGGACCUGGGAUCAGGCUAUAAGAAGGCAGACUGGCCUUUAAGGUGGACAAGGUAACUCUAGUACAUAAAGUAAAACUGAAUAGACUCUCACUGUUAAAGAAUACCUUUUAUGCUUUUGCCCUUUUCUCCAGUGUGUAUAUAGGUCAUUACAGGUCGCUUUUAUUGACUGGACUUUCUGUCAUCACACUAUGUCACCAUGUCACACAUUUGCAUAAUAUAUGCCUUUAUUCACUUUAACUGAAGCUACCAGGUUGUGUGAGCUGACCGGUCAGAGCACAGUUGGUAUUCAGGAGGGGAGACCUUAAAGAAACAAUAGCUAAAACAGAAAGAGGGGGAAUAUAGUGCUGCUGCUCUGGACAGUGUGAGAAAACUC